AUGGAGCUGCAUGCACGAACAGCAUCAGCUAUGUUCAGGGAGGACGAUGUGUUUGUGUGUUCUGGAUUCAAGACGGGAACCACCUGGUUGAAAUCAAUCGUUGCCAGCAUUAUGAGUGAAAGCAAGGGCCACGUUCUGAAGGGAAAGAGCAUCCAUGACUUGAUUCCCCGGUUAGAUAGAUUCUACAACUCACAAGCAAUGCCUAAUGCCUCUACUCCGAUUGAAGAAAUGCCCUCGCCAAGGUUGCUUGGCACCCACCUUCCCACCUUCCCUACUCUUUAUACCGCUCGAAAUCCCAAGGACACAUUCGUUUCCCACUGGAAGUUCUUGCCUGCAAUACAAGGUGUCUUUACUGGUGAAACUACAUCUCCAGUUUCCAAGGAGGUAUUCUUUGAUUCAUUCUGUAAUGGUGUCUCUCUCUAUGGUCCUUUUGUUAAUCAUGUCUUGAGCUUUUGGAAUGCCAGUAGGAAUCGAAGUAACAUCUUGUUUUUGACAUACGAAGUGAAGGCAGAUUCUUUGUCCCACAUCAAAAGGAUUUCUGAUUUCCUGGGGCAAUCUUCUUUGACAGAGGAAGACAUUAGUUGCAUAGACAGUCAAUGCAGCUUUCAAUCUCUUUCCACUCUAGAUGUUAACAUUAAUGGCAAAGUGGAUUUAAAAAAUGCCCACUUAAGCAAUCGACAUUUUUUUCGCAAAGGUGAAGUGGGUGAUUGGAAGAAUCAUUUCACCCUAGAAAUGAACAGCCGUAUGGAUUUAGUAGUGGAAAGUAAGUUUCAAGAAGCCGGCUUGUUCCUCAAGUAUGAAGUCUGAGAUGCAGAAACCGUCUCGUCAAACUAUCUGUACUCUCUCUUUGAAGUGUCCAUGUUUUCGGCAAAAUGCAAAUAAAGUGUAAACAAAAAUGUAACAUUUUGUCUUUUAAACUUGGAAGAGCUUGAUCUUUUAUUAUAGCAAAGAAUGCCAAAUAUAACUCUAUAAGCUUUCCCCUA